AUGCCGACUGUUGGGCAGAUUAAACAUGCUAUACCUGUUCCCACUGCACGACAGAGACAUUUACUUUUCUCAUCAGGGGAACUGCUGAGCUGUUCUAAAAUUUCAGGACCCAGAAGAGUACUUGGCGAUUGUAUUACAAUGAGAAGACCCUUCAUAUUGCUGUUUGUUUUGUCUCUGGCCGGAGUUAGUAUAACUAGCACAGCUCCAAGGCUCUGGGGAGACACCAUUACUGAAUUUGCUGUGGAUCUGCAUCGGGCAAUACGUUCAUUUGAUACAGAAGAGAACAUUAUUUUUUCCCCACUUGGCGCUACCUUGAUUCUAGGAAUGAUAAAACUGGGAGCAAAAGGAACAACAUCACAUCAAAUAAAGGAUGUUCUAAAACUUCAGGGAAAUCAAGAAAGUGAGGAGUUUGUCAGGCUCCGAAAGCUGCUUGCAGUCAUUUCAGAAGAAAAUAAAGAAUUUACAUUUAAUCUCGCAAAUGCCCUCUACCUUCAAGAAGGCUUCCACGUGAAGGAGCAGUAUCUCCAUAGCAACAGAGAUUUUUUCAAGAGUGAAAUAAAGCUGGUGAAUUUCCAAGAUUUGAAAGCUUCUGCCGAAAUAAUAAGUGCAUGGGUAGAAACGCAAACAAAUGGCAAAAUCAGAAACAUGUUUACAAGCGGAGACUUUGGACCGCUCAUACGACUUGUUUUGGUCAAUGCUAUUUAUUUCAAAGGAGAAUGGAAACACAAGUUUAGCUCAGAGGCGACUUACUCACAAGACUUCACAGUGAAACGGGGCAUUACUACCAAGAUACCCAUGAUGCAUCUUCAUUUAGCAACAAAGCUUGGAUAUUUCGGAGAAAAUAAUCUGAAAUAUAAAGUUUUGGAACUCCCCUACAAAGGGGACAAACUCAGUUUAGUUAUAGCUCUUCCUGCAGAAAACGUGGAAAUAGAAGACUUUGAAAAAACGCUGACAGCACCCAUACUAAAGGGCUGGGAAACCAAGAUGACAGAGGAAAUGGUUGAAAUUAGUUUACCAAGGUUUAAGAUAGAACAUAAAGUUGACUUAAAGCGCUCUCUACUACAUCUGAAUGUAACAGAUGUCUUCAAUCAAAACUGCAACCUUUCAGGAAUAACAGAUACAUCAAACAUAUACAUUUCAAAGGUUGUUCAGAAAGUUUCAAUUGAAGUAAAUGAAGCGGGGAGUGAAGCCUCUGCCUCAACUGGAAUGCAGGUAGCCGCAAUGAGUUUGGCCAAUCACAGAUUUAUUGCAGAUCGGCCUUUCGUGUUCUUCAUCAGACACAACCUGUCAGGAUCGAUUUUGUUUAUGGGAAAGGUGAAAAAUCCAGAUCUGAGUGACGCAAGAGGACGAGAUGUGGAAUCAUUAUAAAUAAAAGAAACGUUCCCAUUCAUUAGACC